CAACUCGCGGGAAGAAAACGGAAAGGAGUUUUGCCGCGAAUCAGACACUGCUCGUCUCCUUGUAGAGUCGGUGACAUAUUCUGGACCUUUUUACGCUUUAAUCCACAGAAAACUCACACGUUUAGUCCUCACCACAGACAGGGUUAGGAUGUCGGGGUUCGAUAAUCCCGGCGUUUUCUACAGCGACAGCUUCGGUGGAGGAGAGGGACACGGAGACGAGACGGGGGCCAAACGCUCUCAGAUAAAGAAACGAUUCCGCGAGUUCCUGCGGCAAUUCCGAGAGGGAACCGAUCGCACUGGGUUCACGUACAAAUACAGAGAUGAGCUGAAGAGGCACUACACCCUCGGGGACUACUGGAUCGAGGUGGAGAUUGAGGACCUGGCCAGCUUCGACGAGGACCUGUCCGACUGUCUCUACAAACUGCCCACGGAGAACCUUCCUCUGCUGGAGGAGGCGGCGAAGGACGUGGCUGAUGAGGUGACGAGGCCCCGCCCCCUGGGGGAGGAGACUGUGCAGGACAUCCAGGUGCUGCUGAAGAGCGACGCCCACCCCACCUCCAUCCGCAGCCUUAAGUCCGAGCAGGUGUCCCGCCUGGUGAAGGUCCCGGGGAUCAUUAUCUCGGCCACGGCGGUGCGGGCCAAGGCCACCCGGGUCUGCCUCCAGUGCCGCGGCUGCCGCUCGGUCAUCAGCAACAUCCCGCUGCCCCCGGGGCUGCAGGGGUACGCCCUGCCCCGCAAGUGCAACACGGAGAACGCGGGCCGGGUGAAGUGCCCCCUGGACCCGUACUUCAUCAUCCCCGACCGCUGCCUGUGCGUGGACUUCCAGACGCUGCGGCUGCAGGAGGCACCGGACGCCGUUCCCCACGGCGAGAUGCCCCGCCACCUGCAGCUCUACUGCGACCGGUACCUGUGUGACCGCGUCGUCCCCGGUAACCGCGUCACCAUCAUGGGCAUCUUCUCCAUCAAGAAGGUGGCGGCCAUGAAGGCCAAAGGUCACGACAAGUCGGCCGGGGUCGGGAUCCGGGCGUCGUACCUGAGGGUGGUCGGCAUCCAGGUGGACACAGACGGAGCAGGCCGAGGGGCAACAGGCUCCGUGACCCCCCAGGAGGAGGAGGAGCUCCGCUCGCUGGCCGCCUCCCCUGAUGUGUACGGCUCCCUGGCCGCCUCCCUCGCCCCCUCCAUCUACGGCAGCGAGGACCUCAAGAAGGCCAUCACCUGCCUGCUGUUUGGGGGCUCGCGCAAGAGGCUCCCAGACGGGCUGACCCGCCGAGGGGACAUCAACCUGCUGAUGCUGGGAGACCCGGGAACCGCCAAGUCCCAGCUGCUGAAGUUUGUGGAGCGCUGCUCCCCCAUCGGGGUGUACACCUCCGGUAAGGGCAGCAGUGCGGCCGGCCUCACGGCCUCCGUCCUCAGGGACCCCGUCACACGCGGCUUCAUCAUGGAGGGCGGAGCCAUGGUGCUGGCGGACGGAGGCGUGGUCUGCAUCGACGAGUUCGACAAGAUGAGGGAGGACGACCGCGUGGCGAUCCACGAGGCCAUGGAGCAGCAGACCAUCUCCAUCGCCAAGGCCGGCAUCACCACCACGCUGAACUCUCGCUGCUCCGUCCUCGCCGCCGCCAACUCUGUGUUCGGCCGCUGGGACGACAGCAAGGGGGAGGACAACAUCGACUUCAUGCCCACCAUCCUGUCCCGCUUCGACAUGAUCUUCAUCAUCAAGGACCACCACGACACGCAGAGGGACAUGACGCUGGCUCGCCACGUGAUGAACGUCCACCUCAGUGCUCACACGCAGACGGACGCCGUGGAGGGGGAGAUCCCGCUGGCCACCUUCAAGAAGUACAUCGCCUACGCCCGCGUGAAGUGCGGGCCGCGUCUGUCGGCGGCGGCGGCGGAGAAGCUGAAGAACCGCUACGUGGUGAUGAGGAGCGGGGCGCGGGAGCACGAGAGGGAGAGCGACAAGAGGGCGUCCAUCCCCAUCACCGUCAGGCAGCUGGAGGCGGUGAUCCGCAUCGCCGAGUCGCUGGCCAAGAUGCGGCUGCAGGCGGUGGCGGGCGAGGAGGAGGUGGACGAGGCGCUGCGGCUCUUCCAGGUCUCCACGCUGGACGCCGCUCUGUCCGGAAGCCUCUCAGGGGUGGAGGGCUUCACCACGCAGGAGGACCAGGAGAUGAUCUCCCGCAUCGAGAAGCAGCUGAAGCGCCGCUUCGCCAUCGGCUCCCAGGUGUCUGAGCACAGCAUCGUGCAGGACUUCACCAAGCAGAAGUACCCGGAGCACGCCGUCCUCAAGGUUCUGCACCUGAUGAUGAGGAGGGGAGAGCUGCAGCACCGCAUGCAGAGGAAGGUCCUGUACCGGGUCAAGUAGACCAGGAGCUCGGUCCUGUGGUGUAAAUGUUUGAGGCGUUCAGUAGCUGAUGUGCCCCCCAGCUCGUAGGUCUACUGGGUUCUGAUGGACCGGAUGCAUGUUAAUAAUCUGGGGUGGGAGGAGAUAAACAUUAAUUGUUUAACUGUGAAAAGUGAAACUAUAUUUUGUAAAAAUACUUUGUAACAAAAAAUAAAUAUGAGCAAGUUGA